GACAAGCGAGAUUGAGGCAGGCGCAGUAGGAGGAAAGGACGUUCCUUCUGAUCCUAUUUCAUGAUGCUAUUUGGAAAAUUUGCACCGCCAUUACAGAGCUUAAAGAAAUUUCCAUGCUUCUCUGACAACAGACACUUCUGGGGGUGGUUGAAUGCAGUGUUUAACAAAGUAGAUCAUGAACGAAUAAAGGCUGUUGGUCCAGACAGGGCAGCAUCAGAAUGGCUCUUGCGUUGUGGAGCAUUGGUACAAUACCAUGGUCAAGAAAAAUGGCAAAAGGACUACAAUAAUCUUCCAUCUGGUCCUUUAAACAAAUACAAGAUAAAAGCAAUUGAUGCCACUGACUCUUGUAUCAUGAAUAUUGGAUUUGACUACCUAGAGGGCCUAGAACAUGUGGAAAAAAUUAAGCUGUGCAAAUGUCAUUAUAUUGAAGAUGAGUGUUUGCAGAGGCUUAGUCAAUUAAAAAACUUACAGAAAAGCAUUUUACAGAUGGAAAUCAUUUCCUGUGGGAACGUCACAGAAAGGGGCAUCAUUUCAUUGCAUCACCUAAGAAACCUUCAGUAUUUGCUGUUACAAGACCUUCCGGGAAUAACGGACCUAGAAAAUGUUAAUCAGAUCUUUCAGAAUUCAUUACCUUCUCUGCAGAUAAAAUUAGAUCGAAAGUAAAAACAAACAAACAAAAACCCAAACAUUAAAAGUAGUGUUUACUUCAGCAGUUCAUUUAUAAUCCAUGAAUAGGCUGAACAAAAGCUUAUGAGGACUUGUCUCUUUUGAAAUUGCUGCUUCUAAGAGAGUGGAAUUCACAAGAUAGACACAAGUCAUUAAUAGAACAUUGAUUCAUUUUAUGAGCUUUAAGUGCAGCAGAAGGGCUGCUGUAUGCAGAAAUUUAAAACACUCAGAAUACAACCAGUACGAUUAUUGAUUUGGAAGGGAGAAUUUAUGUACAUAAAAUGUUUUUAUUUGAGAAAAGUGCAAAACAGUAUUUGCAUACUAAUAUAUUUCUCAGAGAAGCUAUAAAAUUGUUCACAAAAUAUUAUUAAAAUAGGCAACAUAGCUGUUCUUUAUUUUGCAUUUCAGACAUUUGAAUUUCAUUAUAACACCUUGUUGUUUAAUUUGAUAUAAAAUCUACCCUUACAGGAUUUUGAAUCAGUACUGUAAGUUUCUCCAAGCAGAGUGGGAAGGGAAGGCAAUUGAAGAAUGUUUUUCUUAGCAUGCAUCUUAUACUGCAUGCAUCAAAUCAUUCUCAUCAGAGUCAUGGAUUUUUCAUGCUAUGCUGGCUUCUACUAUCAUGUUAUAGCCACACUUUUAGAAUAUGAAUAAUCACCCAUUAAUUUAUUGUAAACUCAGGGUUUUCUUUAAGAAAUAUGUACCUAGGGGCAGCUAGAUGGCGCAGUGGUAAAGCACCGGCCCUGGAUUCAGGAGUACCUGAGUUCAAAUCCAGCCUCAGACACUUAACACUUACUAGCUGUGUGACCCUGGGCAAGUCACUUAACCCCAAUUGCCUCACUAAAAAAAAAAAAGAAAGAAAGAAAGAAAAAAAGAAAUAUGUACCUGGGUAACCAAAAGUUUAAAAGCUCGAAAUAAAAAGUUAACUAUCAUGAAGAUUAAAAAUUGUAAGAGUAACAUUCUGUCAAGGUUUUUGUCAGUGUAGAAUCACAUUUAAUAUGUUGGUUAGAAAUCUUAUUUUUCCUCCUUGCUUUUGCUCUUGACCACUUUUCCCUUUUGAUCUGAGCUGCUAAUUAGGAUGCCAAAAAAGAGAAUUAGGUCAGAACAAUUCAGUGAUGGAUCUAGAAAACAAGAGUAAAGAAUGAUUAUCUAUUCUAAGUAAAUGAAAAUGUUUUUAAAAUAAGUAAUUAAUCUCAGUGUUGUGUUGUAGUGUAUUUAGUUACAAUGCUAGUUUUAUUUAAUUUCUGUAGUAUCUAUUUUGCAUUGUAAAAUAUAUGGAACACUUUAAAACUAUA